UAUGAAGACACAAAUUAAAUUAAAACUCUAUUUAUUUAUAGCAUAGUAUACAUUUAUAACACAUACUAAAUAUUUAUAUGUAUAUUUAUUAACAAUGGGCCCCCUUCAGAAGACAUUACCCACCUAUUGCAGAAAAUUGUAAAUAAGAAGAUAUGGCCGGGAAUCUUGAACAAAUUGUACAAGUAACCCUACAGAAAUCAGACAGAGAUUUAAAAUUGUAAAUAGAAUAAGAUAUGGCCGGGAAUCUUGAACAAAUUGUACAAGUAGCCCUACAGAAAUCAGACAGAGAUUUAAAAUUGUAAAUAGAAUCAGAUAUGACCGGGAAUCUUGAACAAAUUGUACAAGUAGCCCUACAGAAAUCAGACAAAGAUUUAAAAUUGUAAAUUGAACCAGAUAUGGCUGGGAAUCUUGAACAAAUUAUACAAGUAGUCCUAGAGAAAUCAGACAGAGAUUUAAAAUUGUAAAUAGAAUAAGAUAUGGCCGGGAAUCUUGAACAAAUUGUACAAGUGGCCCUACAGAAUUCGGACAAAGAUUUAAAUUGUAUUACUAUUACUGGUGAAGUAUUAGAAUUCGAUCCUGGUGAUAUAAAAGCUGAGAUUGUCGCCAACAAUGGAUUCGAGCCUGAGAUUACCCUCCAACAAGAAGAAGUAGAGUACAAAUGUGCAAAAUGUUCCUUCACAACAUUUCUGGUUUUUGAGUUCGAGUUGCAUGCUAAAAAUUGUGUUGUUAAACAAGAAGAUUACAUUGAGCACUUGCGUUGCAAGUUUUGUAAUAAAGUCUUUAAGCAAUUAGGCUGGUUGAAUAGUCACUUGGUAAGUCACUCGACAGAGAGGCGUUAUAAAUGUGAUAUCUGUGAUAAGGCGUUCAAACGAAGAAACAAUUUAAACGAACACAAAAAAAUACAUAAUAAAGAACCUGCUGAAGUUAUUUAUAACAAUCCUGAUAUUGAAAUUGAGCCUGAAGUCACCCUAGAACAAGAAGAUACAGAGUAUAAAUGUGAAAACUGUGAUUUUAUAACUUUUUUAACCUAUGAAUAUGAAUCUCAUAUUAAAAAAUGCAUGGUCAAGUCUGAACCGGUUGAAACUAACACCGAUGAGGGCCCUCACAAAUGUAUGGUUUGCAAUAAAGGUUUUAAACAUUUAGGAAUGUUACACAGUCAUUUAGUAAGUCACUCCACAGUCCGACAAUAUAAAUGUGAUCAAUGCGGGAAAGGCUUUAAGCGUAGGAAUAAUUUAAACGAACAUAUAAAAAUACACAGUAAAGAAACCCCCCACGAGUGUUUUGUUUGUACAAAACGUUUCAAACAACCUAGAGACUUGUUAAGACACAUGGAAACGCACACCGACGAAAAGCGAUACAAAUGUGAUUUAUGUGAAAAAACAUUUAAAUUCAAAAAUCUCCUCACCAGGCACGUGCGUACACAUUCUGAUGACAAGCCUCACGAAUGCCCUGUGUGCAGACGUGCAUUCACCCACCACAGUUAUUUAUUGCAUCAUAUCAAAAGCCACUCUGAAGACCGUAAUUAUAAAUGCACUGUUUGUGAUAAAGCGUUUAAAUUAAGAAGCACCUUGGGGCACCACAUGAAAAUACACACAGGAGAACGUGCACACGAGUGUCAAAUCUGCCACAAAAGGUUCACUUUAUCCGGUCAUCUGGUGCUCCACAUGGACUCCCAUUCGUUAGAAAAAAAAUACAAGUGUGAGUUGUGCGGGAAGGCUUUUAAAGGACGAACCGGUUUAGUGUAUCAUAUUGAUACGCACUCCGAUGAAAAAAAACAUAAGUGUCAUAUUUGUGAUAAAAGGUUCCAGGGACGAGCAGGUCUUGUUUAUCAUAUGGAAACUCAUUCUACGAUAAAACAGAAGUGUAAAAUUUGUUUAAAAGAAUUUGUACAUAUAAGCGAUAUGGCUAGGCAUAUAAAAAUAUUACACUCGAAUGAUAAACAGUUUAAAUGCAGUAUUUGUCAGACGUCUUUCUUCGAUGAAGAAAGUUUGACUGAACAUAUGACUAUACACGAUGGUAAUAUAGAGGUACCGAGUGCACCUAUGGUAACAGAAGCAGUUCCUAGUGCACAUUUUUUGAAUGGAUGUGUAUAAUUUAAUUGAUAAAUGAUGUUUUGUAAAUAUUUAUGUUUUAAUUGUAAAUAUAU